AUGGCCCCGUUCUCGAUGCUGAGGAGAUCGCCCCGCAAUCGCAAGGGGAACGAGCAACAGAAAGAAGAACAUGACGUCAAGACUGAGGGCGGCACCCCAGCGCAGGAAGACGAUCAACGUGACAGCAAUCGAACCAUGGUUGGAUCAAAAGAGACCGCCGACGGUGAGAUCAAAGGGCGACGAGGUUUCAACAAAGAAUUGUUGUACAACAUCAGGAAUCGACUUACAGGGAAGCCACCCUCGUCAACCCCUCAGCGGGGAACAGCCUCUGAGAUCUCGGAUACUCCAACACCACUCUCACCACGAACACCGGUCAACCCGAACAAGCCGUUGCCAUCACCCCCGCCUCCGGGCAGCGAGCAGACACGGGACCCGCCCGCAAGACCGGUUCUCAAGUUGACUCGCAUCAUGGCCACUCUGACCGAGUCCGAGGUCGAGAAGCUCUUCUCGGGAGCGCCGCAGUACUUCGCUCGGUCCGAAGGACACUACACCGGCGCUCCACAUCCCUCGGUAGCGUUUCCGUGGGACGACGAGGUGCAGAUCCGGGACCUCGUGGACCACACGCAGAUUGAGGACAAGGCCUGGGGCUCUGUCACGGCUUGGCCGCACAUCACUCGCGACGUUACAAGUGACCGGUCUGCCGCACAGAGAGCUUCCGAAGUCAAGCACCGAGCGCACUUUUACCCUCGAUGCCGCGAACGACCUAAUAUGCUGAGCAUGUUUGGGCUUGAGAAAGGAAGCUUAGGCUAUCAGGCAGCCCUCGAGCUAGCCGUGGCCGAUGCCCUGCAGGAAGAACAAUGGGGGUUCGAGCGCCUCGAGGCUAGACACCCCGCCGUCGUCGAACAACGCCAGAAAAUGCUUACCUCAAAGGACGGUCUCCGUCACGUUGACGAAGUCUUGAUCAUGGAACAACUGAUCAAGAACGGACAGAGGUACGGCGAGCAACAUCCACGUGGACGACGGGUUUCGAGCGAACUUUACAACGAGUUGUUCCUCCAAAUUCUCCAUCCGCCUACAAAGGUGCUAGAUCACCGAGACCCCUACAGCUUGUCAGUUCAAAUUCUAGCUUUGGUCAAAAUCCUCGCCGCGCCAAACAUGUGGAUCGACUUCUCGCAUGUUGAAUGGAGGAUCCGGUUGGGGCAGCUUUUGUGGGAUAACCAGUCAGAGGACGAUGGCACAGAUGGCUCGUCUGUCAAAACGGGCGAUUCGGCGAGCGGCGUCCACGAGGAGCGGUACUGGCUACUUUUGCAGAUAUUGCUAGCAUGCGAGCUUCUCGUCAGACUCGACGCAAUCACCGAGGGCGAGGAGCUUGGGGUCGAGAGCAUCAGGCCCGCCGAGAUCCACAAGUUCGAAAAAGAAGCAAAUAAAGCGGUCAAAUGGUCGCUGAUCCUAGCGCGGGUGUGGCUCGAAAACAUCGAGGUCGUUAAGACGGAAGCGAGCGAGCCGGCUAGCGCCGAGGAGAAGCCGUCGGGCUGGCUGGCAACACUGACAAAACGCAUGUCGCUCACUCGUGACCAUGACUCGCAUAGCCACCACAGCCGUGCCCCGGUGUAUGCUAUCAAGGGGAAACAUGUCCGCCGUCAAAUUAAUGGCUUGGCUCACUUUGCGCUGCGGCUGCGUUGGCCCGAAGCCGGAUCCUACGUAUCCAAGAUAACCGAGAACUGCCGUUCCGUGGUGGACGGCACUCCGCUCAGCACGCCGUUCGCUAGUCCGAGUGCUCCGGAUAGCCAUCGUUCAUCCUACUUUGGCAGCUCGAAAGAGGAUACCCAAUCCCGACGUCCACCGUCUCGGCGGAAACGGAUCUCAGCAGAAUUACAUUCGUCAGGAUGGCUCUCCAAGAGCUAUGUAUCGGGGUUGAUACUCCCAGGGGAAGGGGUCUGCCACUUUCUGAUGGCGACUCUAUUGGAGAACGAUUCAGAGGCUCUAUCCAAGCUGGGCCCAAUGGCCAAUCUGUGUGGUGGUUUUGUGUACUCCGGAAAGAGUUUUUGGAGCACAUCUUGCAUUGUCGGCCGUGUCUUGGGCGCUGGAAAGGGUGCCGUGGAAUGCAUGGGCUGGAUUUCGAGCGACGUCGUUCCACAUGGGCUCAGUGACGGCUGGCUGAAUAUUGAAGGAGAAGAAGUUCCUGAAGACGCGCAACAGGUCGACAGAAAAGCCCGUCUGUGGGGCAAGAAGGCGGUUGAGAGAGAGUCAAAUAUUCUGGGGGAUACAGACCCCUCCUCUGUACUCCCAGCCGACUUCAUCAUCCCGUUUGAGAAUAUUUACCGUGAUAAAGCGCCUCCUGUCCUUGACAUCGAUCUGAAGGUGCUCAACCUCGUGGCACCAGUCGAUUCUGUCCACACUACGCCAACCGAAGAAUACGAAACUACCCCGGCGUCGGAUUCCAGCGGAACUAGCCGACCUUUGAAAAUCCGUCGGUACGCUGCUGCUAUAACGUUCACAGUGACAGACCUCGACUUGGAGGAGACAAAGGAAUACACAUACGCCUUGGCAAAAGACAUCAACUUUGUAACUGCGCACCCCUGUGUGCCUUCGCAACAUGUCAAAAUCAUGAAGUCACCCUCUAGCCCGACCAUCCAACAAGUCGACCUUUCUGGCAUCGGCGCUAUUGGAAAGACGGCGAGCGUUGUUGGCCACCCCCUACACAAGUACUAUACCUACACAGCGCUCCACUUGUCCGAGCUCCUCAUUAAGCAGGAUUUUUCGCUCGAAUCCUUACUUGGCAGCUACUCGUCGACAUCCCAUCACCGGGCCGAGCCUGACACCCGCCACGCCCAACAAGGUCGCCAAGGUGCUCGUCAUCGACUGCAUCACGGGUUUCCAGCCACAACCGCAGGAGCACGAGAUCCCUUUGUCGCCGGUCCUCAGUCGGACUGA